AUGAAAAUUACGAACGCUUUUGUGAUACUCUACCUGAAGAUGUUCAAGAAGAAAAUUUGUAGAUUAAUGCCAAUAGGUCUUCUAACUAUUUCCAUGAUAUAUGUUGUGUAUCGCGCGCAGCGGGAUGUCCAAUGGGUGCUUAAAAGCUUACUGGAGGUCGUACCAACGAAUGUCAUCACUGCAAUGGUGCCGCCGUCAACAACAGCUCCUAAUACGACCAUUACAACAACAGAAAUACAAACUUCAACUUCUGUUGUGUCAACUGCCAGAACUGAAAUUCAUUUCCCAUUAGAUAUAGAUUUAGAAAAAUAUGUCAGAGACAAACUUGAAAAGAAUAUUACCAUCCCGGUGAAACCCAUUAAUGAACACAACUUCACAUAUAUACACCGUCCAGCAAAGUGCAAGUUUACCAGGACAACCGAAGACAAUGUCACAUUACUGAUUCUUGUGAAAUCGAGCGUCAGAAAUGUGUUUUUACGAAAUGCCAUCCGGGACACCUGGGGUCAGGAUCUGAGUGGAAAUGUUAACCUUAGAUUUAUGCUAGGUUACUCGAUAUCGUUUGUAGAAACUACAAAAGCGGAGGCUGAAACAUAUAAUGACGUCAUCGUCGAAAACUUUGUGGAUUCCUACCCGAACAACACGCUGAAGACUAUCAUGGGGUUCACUUGGGCAGUGACUGAGUGUUCUGAUGCAA